UAACAAGCACGUAACUCUAAAGUAGCGUUUCUUUAGAAGGAUUCUCUUAAAACCUGUAAAAACCCUCUGUCAAAGUCCACAUUCCUCCCUCUUCUCCCCAGAAAAUUUCAUCAAUGAACCCUUCUUCAACCCUCAGAAUCGACCCAAACCCGGUAUCCUUCUCCGGGUCGACCCACUACAAUCUACUUCGGGCAUCCCCAUUAUGUCGCCCAUUCCGUGUUUCUGCACCUUUCCAGAAGGCCGUGCAGUGUUCAUCUCUCAAGUCUACCGCCGUCAAUGAAGUGAGUCUUGACUCAGUGAGUCGAAUCGACGGGUUGAGUCAGGUUUCUGGUGUGUUGGGUUGUCAAUGGGGUGACGAGGGUAAAGGCAAACUUGUUGAUAUCUUGGCUCAGCAUUUUGAUGUUGUCGCCCGUUGUCAGGGUGGAGCCAAUGCUGGGCAUACAAUUUAUAACUCUGAGGGUAAAAAGUUUGCCCUUCAUUUAGUUCCUUCUGGUAUACUUAAUGAGGAAACUUUAUGUGUGAUUGGAAACGGAGUUGUGGUGCAUCUGCCUGGACUUUUCAAAGAAAUUGACGGCCUUGAAUCCAAUGGGGUCUCUUGUGACGGUCGUAUAUUGGUUUCUGAUCGUGCACACUUAUUGUUUGACUUUCAUCAAGUAGUGGAUGGGCUUAGAGAAACCGAGCUAGCUAAAUCCUUCAUUGGCACAACAAAGCGAGGCAUUGGGCCAGCGUAUUCAAGCAAGGUUAUAAGGAAUGGCAUACGAGUUGGUGAUCUUAGGCACAUGGAUACUUUUCCUCAAAAGCUCGAAAUUUUGUUAUCAGAUUUAGCAUCUAGAUUCAAGGAUUUUCACUAUGGGCCAGAAAUGCUCAAGGAAGAAGUGGAAAAGUACAAAAGGUUUUCUGAGAGACUAGAGCCAUUCAUUGCCGAUACUGUUUUCGUCAUGAAUGAAUCAAUCGCGCAGAAAAAGAAGAUUUUGGUUGAAGGUGGUCAGGCUACUAUGCUGGACAUUGACUUUGGAACCUACCCUUUUGUAACUUCUUCUAGCCCGUCUGCUGGUGGAAUCUGUACUGGCCUUGGUAUUGCUCCUCGAGUCGUUGGUGAUCUUAUCGGAGUAGUGAAGGCUUACACAACCCGUGUUGGCUCAGGUCCGUUCCCAACAGAGAUUCUGGGUCAGGGUGGGGAUCUGCUUAGGUUUGCUGGUCAGGAGUUUGGCACAACUACUGGCCGUCCUCGUCGCUGUGGCUGGCUUGAUGUGGUUGCUUUAAAAUUUAGCUGUGAUAUUAACGGUUUUUCUUCGCUGAAUCUUACAAAAUUAGAUGUUCUAUCUGAUCUUCCUGAGAUCCAGUUGGGUGUUGCAUACAAGGAUGUUGAUGGUACACCAAUUAAAUCAUUCCCUGGUGAUCUGCGUGUCCUUGAGCGUUUGAAGGUGGAAUACGAGUUUCUACCGGGGUGGCAGACUGAUAUAUCAUCAGUUAGAAACUAUGCUGAUCUUCCAUUGGCAGCUCGUCGCUAUGUGGAACGGAUUGAAGAACUAGUAGGCGUACCUGUUCAUUAUAUAGGUGUUGGACCUGGUCGUGACGCUCUUAUUUACAAGUAGCGUGAAUAAUGAUUGAAUAAUUGUUUUGUAUACUUGGUAAGGAUUAAGGGACUAAGGAUGGUGGGAAGACACUAGUUUUGUUCAGUUACAAUUUCUCUUUAACUUCCCGGAAAUAAACAGGAAGCAAACAAACCCGCGAUUUGUUGACAUCCAUCUAUCGACUGUAUUCUUAUCAUCUGUUGUAUAAUAUAUUUUGUAGUUUGCUCAA